UGUACCUAAAGCGAUCAAAGUUUAUGUAUUAAAAUCUUAAUAUUGCCAGGUUGGUUUUCACAGCUGUUUCACAAGGUAAUAUUAUUAGUUGUAAAUUAUCCUUUGAUCGUAGAUAUUUGCUCCACGUUAUUCUUGUAUUCUAGGACCUACAAUAGAUGUUGCAUAGUACACAAGGGUGUACUAAUGAGCGAUGCGAGAUAGAAAAAUAAUAAUUGGGGGACUACUGAAAUUAUAUUAUUUCAGUGUAGAUAAGGGAAAAGGGUAGGUUAAAAUAAAAACAUGAUAGCCAGACAAGCUAUCAAACGAAUUUGCACAUAAAUGGAGUAGAAAUUAGCUGACUUCGUGAUGUGUAAGGUAAAUAACUCUUGUCAAGCAGAUUACACGUUCUUUGCCUUUUCCGAAAGGUAGCAAUGUUUAAGACCGAACAUGAAAUCUAAUGUUAACAAGGUACCCAAAAGUAGCUCGAAUUAAUGUUUUCAUUGUAUUAGCUUAAAGCUUGUUAAAACAGCGAAAUUGUCGCGGAAAUCAGCCUUGUUGGCAUAGCGACGAUGACAAUGUCAUUUACGCCUUAAUGAUCAUCACAGCGUUGAUAAACAACUGACGAUAAUAUUUGGCAUGACAGGCCUCCAUUGAUUUUGUUAAAAUGUUUGAGUCACUCAGCAUAAGAACAAGGCAAAAGCCCCCCUCCUCCUCAUAUCUCUGGUAGGGGAAACACUGAAGAUAUCCGUGUAGCGAACAUUCGUGUAAACUCGAGAGAUCAGGCGUUUACAAGGCUACUAUUGACCAGAGCCAAAAGGAGUGUCAGUUGGGAUUGGGCCUGUCAAAGAUCAGCCACAGAGAUGUGAUUGGGAGGUCUCGCCAGAGCUGUAGUGAAUGCAGUGCACACUUGAGCCAUCUCGAUCAUGGACACAGAUUUGUUGGUAAUCUGGAAAUUAAGAUGAAUUAAAAACUAAGACUGGUGAAUUUGUAAUUGUUUUCAAGAGUGCGAUCUAGCAGGCGUAUUCUUUAAAUCUGUAUCCUUGAAAUACGCGAGCAUGGUUUUACGCUCAGCAAGCAAUUAUAACACACUGACUUGAGCUAAAUUACAUAAAGAGGAACCACAUUCGUGGCAGCCAGAAUAUAAUGAGAGGUAAUUCAAGUAUGUGGUUUUGUUCCUUGGGUUAGUACGAAUCCGAAUAUUACGCAACAUAUUCUAGGACUAAUGUGGAUUCCUAGUCAUUAUGACGCAGCUGUCACAAAUCGUUGAAGAAUCGGGAGGGAUUCAUUUCGUCAGUUGCUGUCAACUUCGAGCAUUACCUGCGUCUUACCAGUGUAUUUUACUUAAUUGUUUCCUUAUCCGUGUCUUCUCGUGAUAUUGAAAAGUCAUUAGCUAGUCUACUUGUUUCUUUUCAAGCAAUUAUUAUUGAACAAGUGUCUUUCUUUUAUUGGGUGAUCAAAGAUCUGCAUCCAUAAAUUCAGCUUGUCAUGGAUGGAAGCUCAAGUUGUGGAUGGCCAUGUGCAGGCGAUAGUUCACUACAGCCCCCCUCCCCUCCUGAGGCCCUCCUGGUGAAGGUGCAGCCUGUCGUGGAUCAAAGCCCAGUGGACAAUUCAACACAGAUAUGGACACGGCCCCUCUCCCCCGAAGACCUCCUAAAUCAGAUGCAGCUGCUCCGCCAAGAGCUUGGCGAGUUGACUGCAUUAAUGCAGCCUGUCGUGGACCAAAGCAGCAACGCUAUGGAGGCUUCACCACAGCGCCCUCCCACACCUGAAUCUUUCCUGUGCCAACAAGGGGUUGCCGACCUGAUUGCAUUAACUGAACCUGUCCUGCUGGAUCAAAGCCCAGUGGACACUUCAACACAGAUUUGGACACGGCCCCUCUCCCCCGAAGACCUCCUAACACAGAUGCAGCUGCUCCGCCAAGAGGUUGUGGAGCUGAGUGCUUCAAUCAGCCAAGUUCUGGAUGAACCCGAGACAAGCUAUUUGGACGCACCGACACCACCUCUCCCUAAAGCCGCCUGGGCCUACAAGGGUGAGCCUCAGAGGGCCCUGAGCCGGUCCUCCAUCUCUAAGAGUGUGUGCAUUUCAUGGCCGUACUCCAUCUACCCUCACUUUGACCUCAUCGGCCAACCAGUUCCUGAGGAGAAGCCUGUGGUAAUGGUUGACAAGGCUUCCUCAACGCCCAAGAAGAUGUCUUUCUGGAGGAGGCUGGUAUGUUGUUUUGGGAAGAGGAACAAGACUGGAUCCACUAAGAACAACAAGGUCAAGAAGAAGACCAAGGCAAAGGGGGAGAAGACCAAGGUCCAGGAGAAGACCAAGGUGGAGAAGGACACUGCCAUGACCAGGGGAUGUUUCUCCACGUAUUUCAACCUCAUAAAACUGCUCACAAAGUAAUACGACAAACGGGUGAAGAAGUGAACCAGGACUUUUAUCGAAUUGUUUUUCCUAUAGAGUCAGCGGGAAAAACCUGGUUGCCUGAUCCAAAGACAAACACAUCCUAUCCAUCAGAAUAUCCCGAAUGGGAGAGAUCAUAACAUACUUAUCAAGGCUGGGGUGGUUAAUGUUGUUAAUCAUGUUUUCAAUAAAGUUUUCUAAAUGA